CAAUGGCAAAACCAUUAAGCCAAAGCUCAAUUGAAGACAUUUGCAAGCAAAUCCAUGGUUCUUUGGGCAAUUUUAGUCUCUUGGUUCGUGUUUUCGCUGGUCAAUUGACGCAACACGAAUGCCAGAAGACCCGCGAAAGAUACAUGGAGAUGUAUGGUGAAGACUUGUUUGAUCGUUUACGAAACAAGAUUGAUGGUCAGGCAUCAAAAACAUGCAUGGUCUUGUCGUCUCUGAUGCUUAGCCCGCAUGAACGCGACGCUAUCGUGGCUAACAAUGCCAUUUUUAAGCAAAGGGGUAGUGUCAACUACAAGGCUCUCAUUGAGAUUUAUGUUGGUAGGAAAUCAAGCCAUUUUUUCCUCAUCCAACAAGCUUAUCAAACCAAAUUUAGAAGGCAUUUGGACCAAGAUGUUAUGAGCAUUGAACCCCCACACUCUUUCCAAAAGAUGUUAAUGGCAUUGGCUGCAUCACAAAAAGCUCAUAGUGCAGAAGUUAGUGUACACAUUGGCAAAUGUGAUGCCCAAAGGCUAUUUCAAACUGGUGAAGCAAGACCUGGAGGGUUCAAGAUUGAUGAAGGAGUUGUGUUGGAAAUUCUAAGUAAAAGAAGCAUUCCACAACUCAACCUCACUUUCUCAAUCUAUAAGCAUAUUUAUGGCCAUAGUUACACAAAGCAUUUCAAGAAUAAAUAUGAUGGAGAAUUUGAAGCCGCCUUGAAAUUUGUGGUGAAGUUUCUAAACAAUCCACCAAAAUAUUAUGCAAAGGAAUUAGAAGCGAGUAUUAAAGGAAGAAAAAACGAUGAGGGUGACUUGGAACGUAUAAUGAUGAGUCGGAGUGAGAUCGAUAUGAACAAGAUAAGAAAAAAUUACAAGAAUAAAUACGGGAUGGAUCUGAGAGAUGCGAUCAUGGAGAACGUCCCAGUUGGGGAUUUUAGAGACUCGAUCAUGGCGUUAACAAGCAAGACUAGUAUUGACUCAUGACGGACUCUUUUUCACGUCAGGCUGGAUUUUUCAUAUAAUUAUUGAUAGAUCUGAUAUCAUGUCGGUGUAAUUCUAUUAGAACGUUAAUUUUGUUAUAUAUGAGUUUGGAUCAAAUAGGGUGAAAUCAGAACGUUUUGCUAGUAACUCAUAUUAUAUUUGUUCCAUAAUGGCCUAUCAAAGAGCCAUAUUAUUAUUACAUGAAUUGAAUUAAUAAAAGUACAUAUCAUAAUUAAAACA